AUGUCCUCGGGCGCGACGACUCUCAAGGGCCAGCCCCUCGACAAGCCGGUCCUCGAGGCCAUGCUGAGACGGCGCAUGUUCUACACCCCUUCCUUCGAGAUCUACGGCGGUGUCGGUGGCCUCUACGACUUUGGCCCGCCCGGCUGCUCCCUCAUUGCCAACAUCACCGACAUCUGGCGCAAGCACUUUGUCCUCGAGGAGGAUAUGCUCGAGGUGGACUGCACGGUCCUGACCCCCCACAACGUCCUCAAGACAAGCGGUCACGUCGACAAGUUUGCCGACUGGAUGUGCAAGGAUCCCAAGAACGGCGAGAUCCUGCGCGCCGAUCACUUUGUCGAGGCCAUCCUCGAGUCCAGGCUCAAGGGUGACAAGGAGGCCCGUGGCCAGAAGGUGUCCGAGGAGGAGGACGCCGACCCUAAGAAGGCCAAGAAGAAGAAGAAGGCCAAAUCCGAAGCCAUCAAGCUCGACGAUGCCGUCGUUCAGGAGUACGAGGAGGUCCUAGCCCGCAUCGACAACUACGGCGGCCCCGAGCUUGGCGAACUCAUCAAGAAGUACGACCUGCGCAACCCCGAGACGGGUGAGAUGCCCUCGGCGCCCGUGUCCUUCAACCUCAUGUUCCAGACCACCAUUGGCCCCAGCAGCAACUUCCCCGGCUACCUGCGCCCCGAGACGGCCCAGGGCCAAUUUCUCAACUUUGCCAAGCUUCUCGAGUUUAACCAGUCGGCCAUGCCAUUCGCCUCGGCGUCCAUUGGCAAGUCGUACCGUAACGAGAUCUCGCCCCGCGCCGGUCUGCUGCGCGUCCGUGAGUUCCUCAUGGCCGAGAUCGAGCACUUUGUCGACCCCGAGGGCGGCAAGAAGCACAGCCGCUUCAGCGAGGUCGAGGACAUCGAGCUCGUCCUGCUGGACCGCGACACCCAGCUGUCCGGUAAGACCACCACGACCAAGGUCAAGAUUGGCGACGCUGUCAAGUCUGGUUUGGUCGACAACGAGACCCUGGGCUACUUCCUGGCCCGCAUCCAUCUCUUCCUAGUCAGGAUCGGCGUCGACACGUCCAAGCUGCGCUUCCGUCAGCACAUGGCCAACGAGAUGGCCCACUACGCCUGCGACUGUUGGGACGCAGAGCUCUUCACCUCGUCUGGCUGGAUCGAGUGUGUCGGCUGUGCCGACCGCAGCGCCUACGACCUCAACGUCCAUGCUAAGAAGACUGGGGCCAACCUGGUGGUGCGCCAGCGCCUCGAGGAGCCCAUUGUCGUCGAGGAGUGGCAGGUGGACAUUGAGAAGAAGAAGUUUGGCCCCCUCUUCAAGAAGGAUGCUAAGGCUGUCGAGGCUGCCAUCGAGGCUACCGCCCAGGACAAGCGCGAGGCCCUGGCCAAGCAGCUGGCCGACAAUGGCAAGCUGACCAUUGACGUCGAGGGCAUCGCUGACGGCAAGGCCACCGUCCCUGCUGACGCCAUCAAGAUCGAGUUCCGCAAGCGCACAGAGCACACGCGCGAGUACACGCCCAAUGUCAUUGAGCCGUCGUUUGGUAUUGGCCGUAUCUUGUAUGCACUCAUCGAGCACAACUUCUGGACUCGCGGUACUGAGGGUACCGACGAAGCUCGUGGCGUGCUCUCCUUCCCCCCCACCGUCGCCCCCACCAAAGUACUCAUCGUCCCCCUAUCGUCCAACGCCCAGUUCAAGCCCCACCUCAAGAAGAUCUCGCAGAGGCUGCGCAGCCUGGGUAUCUCCAGCCGUGUUGACGACUCAUCGGCCAGCAUCGGCAAGCGGUACAGCCGCAAUGACGAACUCGGCACACCCCUCGGUAUCACGGUCGACUUCCAGACCCUGCAAGACAACACUCUCACCCUGCGCGACCGCGACUCGACCACCCAAGUCCGUGCCGAGGAGGACAAGAUUGUCGAGGCCAUCAAGACUAUCGUCGACGGCAGCAAGGUCUGGUCUGACAUUGAGUCCACCUUGCCAAAGUUUGAGGGUCAGGAGGUCGAGGUUGUUGCUAGGUAA